UUUCGAAAUAUUAAAUAUGGCACAAGGAAUAGAGAUUUUAAAAAAAUCAUCGUGCGAUUUUACGAAAUACCAAAACAUUUACAACCGAUUGCGACGGACCCCAAUCCCAGUUUCUACAAAAUGGUUGAAUAUUACUAUCAUCGAGCGCUGGUCAUGGUCGAACCCGCGCUGUUGGACUACUUGAAGAAACACACGCAUCUCUCAGACAAGAAGAGAAUACAAAGGGUCGCAGGGAUUCUAAAGGUGAUGGGAUCGUGCAACAGCUCGUUGCAGUUCGAAUUCCCGCUGCAACGUAAGAACGGCGAUUAUGAGAUCGUGCAUGGCUACCGGUCGCAGCACAGCGUGCACCGUCUACCCUGCAAAGGAGGUAUCAGAUUUUCGAACGUGGUUGACCUGGAGGAGGUGAAGGCGCUGGCGGCUCUCAUGACCUACAAGUGUGCAUGUUCCAACAUACCCUUCGGCGGCGCUAAGGGAGGAGUGGCCAUCAACCCUAAGGAGUACACGGUAGCGGAGUUGCAGCGCAUCACGCGCCGCUACACGCUCGAGCUCGCCAAGAAGAACUAUAUAGGAGCUGGCAUCGACGUGCCGGCACCUGACGUUAACACAUCAGGCCGAGAGAUGUCGUGGAUCGUUGACACAUAUAUCAAGACACUUGGGUACAACGACCUGAACGCGGCGGCGUGUGUGACGGGCAAGCCGAUCAACGGCGGCGGCAUCCACGGCCGCGUCGAGGCCACCGGCCGCGGCGUCUACAUGACUAUCAAUUACUUCAUGCACGACGAGAAGUGGAUGAAGCUCAUCGGACUUGAGGUUGGAUUCAAGAACAAAACGGCCAUAAUCCAGGGGUACGGCAAUGUAGGAAGCUACGCAGCGGUAUAUCUGCAGCGCAGCGGUGUAAAGGUUACCGGCGUGCUCGAGUUUGACUGCAACCUCACCAACAAGGACGGCAUCGACACUUUGAAACUCCAGAAGUACAAGGCGGACAACAAAGGUAGUAUCAAGGGGUUCCCGGGCGCGCAGGAGACGGGACCCGAGCUGAUGUACGAGAAAUGCGACAUCCUCGUCGUCGCCGCCAUGGAGAAGGCCAUCACACAAGACAACGCCGGCAAGAUCAAAUGCAAGGUGAUCGCGGAGGGCGCCAACGGGCCGACGACACCCGCCGCGGACGUGAUCCUGCGCAAGAACGGCGUGCUGGUGUUGCCCGACCUGUUGGCCAACGCGGGCGGCGUCACCGUCUCCUACUUUGAGUUCCUCAAGAACCUCAACCACGUCUCCUUCGGCAAGCUCAGCAUCAAGUUCUGGCGGGACUCGAACACUGCACUACUAGACACGGUGGAACAGUCGCUGAAGGCGAGCAACAUCGAGGCUAAGAUGAAACCGACGCCGAUUUUCGAGUCGAUGAUGUCGGGCGCCAACGAGAAGCAGAUCGUCAACUCCGGCCUCGAGUACUCCAUGACAAAGGCCUGCCAGAAUGUGUCGCAGGCGGCCAGCACUCACAAUCUGGAGCUGGACAUGCGCACGGCGGCCUACAUCACCGCCAUUGAGAAGAUCUUCGUCACUUACGAUGAGCACGGCCUCGCCCUAUAACUGCGAUCA